GUCGCCGUCGUCGCCGCCUCCGUCGCCGCGUCAUCGCCGUCGUCACCGCCGGCCACACCGCUCGUCGUCGUCGCCCCGCUCGUCACCCUCACGUCUUCGCGGAGGAGGACGUCUCUUCGCGCCGGGGCCAGGGCGCGCGACGAGAUGCGGCGAUCCAGCGCGGCGCGUGACGACGCGCCGUUUUCACGGUCGAGGAGCUGCGGCUACGCUGCCUGAAGAAGCUGCCUGAAGAAGAGCGAGAGAGAGAGAUUAUGACGCGACGGAAUUGGUCGACCGAGUCGACAGAGGGGUGCGAACGGAUUUACGGAUGAAGCUGAAGAAGAAUACCGUGGACGAGGAGGAGGAGGACGAAGAAGAAGAAGACGAGGAAAAAGAAGACGAAGAAAAAGAAGAGGAAGAAGAGGAGGUGGAAGAAGACGAAGAGGAAGUAGCAGAAGAAGAAGAGGAGGACAAGAAGGGGACGAAAACAAAGCGAACGAUAUCGUCGGGGAGCACCGGCUCGCGAUCGCGUUGUUGUUUGCCGACGACUUGAAGCCGCCGUAACUCGGCGCGUCCGAUGCUGAACGAGAGACGGCUCAAGGACAACACACUGGCGGACGGGGAACGUAAUGGUAGCGCCGUGGUCGCUGGCCCGGCGCUCUCAUCGUCGUCGCCGUCGUGCAUGGUGCCCUACAUCGGCACCGACCAGGGCUACGUGUUCGAGGGUGGCGGCACGACGACGUUGCAGCAGCUCGGUGCAGUCGGUGCUUCUGCGACCGGCUGCACCGGUGGCGGAGGAGGUCUCGGGUUCGGUGCGUCGACGGGUAGCUCGGGGGUUGGGUUGGGCGGAGGGAUGGGACUCGGAGGAGUCGGUACCGGAGGAGCCGCGGGGAUUGCGGGUAUGGGUGGAAGUGGUGGAGGAGGAGGAGCGGGAGGAGGAGGAAGCGUGAACAAGGAGGUCCGUUACGCUCCGUUCUCGUCGUCCGUAGGACCGGUCGGUACCGUGCCGGCGCCGGUAAACCUGCCGUCUCUACCGCCGCCGCCGCCGCCGCCGCCGCCACCGCCGCCGCCGCCCCUGCCGCUGCAGAUGCAGCAGCAGCGUGCCUUCUCGAGGUCGAUGACGUCCCUACCGCCCGAGCCGUUCAUGAUCAUGCGGUCGAAGGCGCUGAACCGGCGCGUCUCGAUCAACGUCGGCGGCGUCAAGCACGAGGUGCUCUGGCGCACCCUCGAGCGUCUGCCGCACACGCGCCUAGGCCGGCUGCGGGACUGCAACACCCACGAGGCGAUCACCGAGCUCUGCGACGACUACUCCCUGAUCGACAACGAGUACUUCUUCGACCGCCACCCCAAGUCCUUCAGCUCGAUCCUCAACUUUUAUCGCACGGGCAAGCUCCACCUGGUGGACGAGAUGUGCGUGCUGGCGUUCAGCGACGACCUCGAGUACUGGGGUGUCGACGAGCUCUAUCUCGAGAGCUGCUGUCAGCAUAAGUACCACCAGCGCAAGGAGAACGUGCACGAGGAGAUGCGCAAAGAGGCGGAGUCGCUACGCCAGCGCGAGGAGGAGGAGUUCGGUGAGGGACAGUGCGCCCAGUACCAGAAGUGGCUCUGGGAUCUCCUGGAGAAGCCCACCACGUCCAUCGCCGCAAGGGUGAUAGCUGUGAUAUCAAUACUCUUUAUUGUGCUUUCGACGAUCGCACUAACUCUCAACACCAUUCCUAGUAUGCAAGUGAAAGAUGAGGGGAACAUUCAAGACAAUCCGCAGCUCGCUAUGGUGGAGGCCGUGUGCAUCACGUGGUUCACCCUCGAGUACAUGUUUAGGUUCAGUGCCUCGCCGGACAAGUGGAAGUUCUUCAAGGGCGGUCUUAACGUGAUCGAUCUGUUGGCGAUAUUGCCGUACUUCGUAUCGCUGUUCCUGGUCGAGACGAACAAGAACGCGACCGACCAGUUCCAGGACGUGCGCAGGGUAGUGCAGAUCUUUCGUAUAAUGCGGAUCCUGAGGAUCCUGAAGCUGGCCCGCCACUCGACCGGGCUGCAGAGCCUCGGCUUCACUCUACGUAAUUCGUACAAGGAGCUGGGCCUGCUGAUGCUCUUCCUGGCGAUGGGUGUCCUCAUAUUCUCGAGCCUCGCCUACUUCGCCGAGAAGGACGAGCCCGGGACCAAAUUCAUAAGCAUUCCAGAGACCUUCUGGUGGGCGGGCAUCACUAUGACCACCGUCGGAUACGGCGACAUCUACCCCACGACCCCGCUCGGCAAGGUGAUCGGCAGUGUGUGUUGUAUAUGUGGUGUCCUGGUAAUCGCGUUGCCCAUUCCCAUUAUCGUCAACAACUUCGCCGAAUUCUACAAGAAUCAGAUGAGACGGGAGAAGGCCCUUAAGAGGCGGGAGGCCCUCGAGAGGGCCAAGCGGGAGGGCAGCAUCGUCUCCUUUCAUCACGUCAACCUGAGGGAUGCCUUCGCCAAGAGCAUGGAUCUCAUCGACGUCAUCGUCGACACCGGUCACAACAUAUCCGGGGUUGACGGUAACAGCACCGAGGGGGAUUCCGCGUGCGGCCGAGGUGGGGGGCCCACGAACACCGGGACCGGUUGUUACCGCAAUUACGAGCAUUACGGCAACCUGCGGCAUCGACGCAGCGCGUCGAACGCCUGCUUCUCGAAUCUGCCCAUCGAACUGCCCACCACGCCCGACAGCCCGAACCGCCGGCUCCUCGACUUCGCGCAGAGCGUGCCGGGCACCCAAAACGACGAUUACUACCAGGACGAGGUGCCGGCCCAGCACGCCAACCAGGGCAACACGACACCCAACGAUGAAGAGAAAAAAGACAGCAGAAAAAACGAGAAAAUUGAUGAAUUACCUAGCGAAUUCGAGUGUUGCUUUUGUACCACGAAGGGAUACAAAGACUUCAGGGACGCGGAGAACAUAAUGCCACUGCCCACCAGCGACUUUCGUAAUCCGAUAUGUCAGGAUAUGAGGUCCCUCAGGUUCAACACAGGCGGCGGCGGCGGCGGCGGUAGCGGAGGCAGCAGCGGCGGAGGCGGAGGCGGCGGUAGCGGCGGCGGCGGCAGCGGUGGCGGAGGCAGCGCAGGUGGAGGCGUGGGAAUAGGCGAUGGAGAACGUGGUGGUGGUGGCGUGGAACAAUUAGGCCCAUCGUUCAUGGAGCCAAGGACGCCGCCGAUUCAGCCGCCGGAAACGCUGAGCUACGCGAGGACCUACAACGAGCAGGGCGGCUACGCGAAGUCGUACAACGAACAGGGCAGCGUCGACAGUUCCGACACGUACGCGAGCUGUCAGACGCACCCGUCCCAUUCGCAGGGCGAUCUGACAGAGGAAGCGGACAGCAAUCUUUACGUGAAUCCAUUGGAGGCGACGGAGAAAUGCGGCACCGGCCGAGUGAAAAAGUCCAUUUCCGGCGAGGUCAGCCGAAACGUCAUCACCGAUGUCUCGCCCAGCAUCGAGUCCUUGAAGGAAAUCCGGCCUUCUAACGAGGUCAGCAAAAUCACCCUGAACGACGCUGUACCUAAGCAUAGGAAAAUAAGGAUCCAACAGAGCGCAAAGCCGCGGGCGCAAUUCAUCGGUGACCAAGACAGCCCGGUGGUGAUGCGCGGCAUUCUGAAGGACGACACCUCGGAAGACAACAACAACCAUUACGGCGGAUUGCGCGGCGGCAGGUCCUCCGCGACGAAUAGCCUGGCGUCCGCGACGCGCAUCAUCAAUCACCACUUGUUCGGAUCCAUCGGCGGGCCCAAGCAUCACGCGGGAACGAGCGGCGAGAGCAAGCUCUCGCUCUCGGCAGACUCGAUAGACAGCGAGGGCGCGCCGUUCAUGGACCGCCACCGAGUGUCGAGGUCGAUCCUGAAGAAGUCCGACAGCGGCAACAACUACUACAGCUACGCCGGCGACUCCGACACCGAGAAGCUCAUCACGGACUGCGUGUCCGCGACGAGCAUGUGCGACAACGAGACGAGCACGUGCGAGACCUUCGUCAACGGCACGCGCGCGAGGAAGCGCCCGGUAUCGCCGUUACUCUCGCGACAGGUCCUCGAGUCGAUAUUCCGCACCAAUAACAACACCGAGAGGGAGUUCACGAACGACGAGAGCGAUGGGAAAACCGCCGUCGCGAGGACACCGAAGAUUCUGUUUGGCGACGUUGCCGAAGAAGAGAAACACGCGCGCGACGAAGCGGUAGUGGAGAAUCAAAAUAAGGAGCCGGCGGAGGAACAGCUGCGGCGGCCGAAAGUGCGCGUGCAGGAGGAGCCCAAGGACAGUCAGACGACGUUGAUACUGCGCUCGUACAAAACGAAGAAGUCGACGACGACGGACGAUAGGAGGAAGACCGGCGGCAAGUCGUCAAGCGGCUGCGCAACUUACAAGAGCUCGGACGCGCAUUGCUUGCCGCAGGAGUACCGUUUCUCGUCGUAGCGUUUCUCUUCCUCCGUAUAAGCUGCAACGGCAGCAGCAACAGCCAGCAGCAGUCUUCAUUACGCUAUUACGCGCUCCAUUGCGCUCAGAGUCGCACGUCGCCGUCGAUCGGUCAGCCGACGAUCGACCGGUCGAUGCGCGGACCCGUGUUAAUAGCUCAUCAUCGUCUGUGCCUGAUAAUUGCGUUAUCUUCAGUGUCGGUUGCAUCGACAGUCUUGGUCAAUUAACCGUGGCGGAGUACGUCGACGGAGUCCUACUUAAUUAACUUCGUCGUCCUAUGCCAGUGUCCUCCCUGUGUUUUCCGGGAAACGAUCCCGAUCGUAGCCGCGGGCGGAAGAGAGAAAGCGAGAGAAAGAAUUAAUUAAUCACGAUGCGCGGUGCAAUCGACCUUUAAACAUAAAAAAAAAAAAGAGGAAAUCCGUCGAGCACACGCAUAGCAAUUGCGAAGCAAACACGUUCGAUCAGCGCUCACGUUACUUACUAUCACUUAAGAUUUCUUUUCCCGUCGGGUUUUAUCGCGAAUAUCACAACGUAGAGAGACGCGUCGAUACGAAAGCUAGUCGCACAAAGCGAGCGUCCGAACUGAACGUUUCCGGAAACGGGACUUCCAGAACGUUCGGCCGAGAAUCAAGUUCCCAUCGACGGUCUCGCGGAACCUCGGCUCCUGCGAGUCGAGGUCGCCCAGACGCGCACUCGCCGCUCUCGUCGUGCGUUUUAUCGUGUAAUUGCAUCGGAUGUGUCGCGUCGAAUCUCCAUGUCGAGAUCCCUGUACGCGUUUAGGCGCGCAUGGCCGUCGAUCCCCGGCACCAGCGAUUUCUCACGACAAGCGGCACGCAUCGCAUACGCGCGUACACGUGACGAAUCAAAAGAACCGGCCACUUGAUCACUCUCGCGCUGCUGCUUGAAGCGACUACGACGGUGGCGCGUGUCGUCGGCGUGUCUCACCCGGGAAAUGCGCCGACGACGUGCUUUUUGCGAGCGAGAGAGAAAAAGAGAGAGAGAGAGAGAGGGGGGAGAGAAAACGAGCGCACCCGUAGAUCGCAUCGUAGUUUAAUCCGUUUUAUCAGUGAGGCGCGAGCGAAUCGCGUGGCUCAGCGACGUCGCCUGCAUUCGAGAGGCUUCAAGUCUCGGAUCGCGAGAUCAUCACCUCCACGGCGAGCGGUUCUCACCGGCCGUGAUUUUAUCUUCCCCCGGGGCCGGCGCGUACUCCGCGAGUCUGAGUCGCGAGCGGGAGUACGCGCGUGGCGUCCGAUUCUAGUCUUAUAGAUGUUCAUCGGUGAAGUAACAUAUCUGAAGCAACACAGCAUUUCUAGUCAUUGUUACAGUAGUCGUAGGUAAAAGAGGAAGUUAACGCGCCGGCCGGUCCGCCGCGAGGCGGUGCAAGAGCCCGCGGCGCGCGGCCCGUCGCGCCGAUGUUCUGAAUCGAGUCUGAAUUGUAUUUUCUACCAGAAAUCGCGUAAGAGUAAACUCGCUUCUUUCCGCUGCGCUUUAUGCGCGCGCGCGCGUUCACACACACACACACACACGUUCGAGGGAUAAUCGUUUCCGAAUUGUUACCGCGUUCGUUCCGUAGUUCGAGCGACGAGCAGGGCCUAUCGCGCGCGAGUGAACCGGAAAGGGUGCGGCGAUUGCGGCCGCUUCAAGCGGACGAAGGUGAAUUAUCAGAUGUAAAUUCAAAUCGCAUUUUUACGGGGGAAGAAAAAGUAGCGAGUCAUAUUUUUACGGGGAAAGAGUUUCACCUGUCGAGAAGGACCAUUCCUCUGAGAGAUUUUAAAUCCGCGGACGCACACAACAGUGAUCCGAUUAUUCUGACGGAAGAGGAGGACGACGAGCGAAAACGCACGAUCACGCCGAGGUAUCAGGUAGCCCGAGCGAGAGCGCGCAGCAUCCUUUCCCAUUCACGGGUGUAGCCCGCGUUGUUUGUGUACCUGUUAUUCAGAGUUGGAUACCUUAUGCCGCUUAGGGUUUCCAAGUAAACGAAAUCGAUGUCUUCUGCGAGCUAACGUAGUAACGAAUGUAGGAAGUUCCUAGACUGUGUAAGAGAGAAUGAUCUAUCGUUUAUUAUAUCGUGUAACUGUGCAAUUAGAACGACAGAGCGGUACUGUUUAGCAGCGACAUAGUACAAAGGACGUAAACGUCGUACGCGUUACGAAGGGAAAAUCGUUCGCGGACGCUUGAGAGAGAAAUAGAGAAGAGUGGGAGAAAGAAAGACAGAGAGAGAGAGAGAGAGAGGAACGUUGUCUUCGUGUUAAUUAAGUUAAGGACGCUCGCGAGUUGUCACGCUUACUCGAGAAACUUCAAUUGACGUUCGCUUUCGAGGAAGACGGGUGAGUCUGGCCGUUCGAAGAACUCCGCCUGAGAAGUCCUUUCGGGACUACACAGAUCUUACAGAUAUUUAUUUUUUACUUCGACUUCCCGCGCUGGCCGUAUAGUACAGCAGACACAAUGGAUGGAUCGUUAUCGUGAUAAAAGAAAAAAGGAAGAAAAACAUCGGUAUGCUCUAGGCGCUAGGCUAGUCUGACUUCACGUCGAUCGAUCGGCGCGAAUCUUAUUUUUGUUGGUCUUCUAUUGGCCUAUCCCCCCGUAGUUUUAAGGGCUGGUAGCGUGUAAAAGAGAAAAACGAAAAUAAACUCGCUAGUUAUUGUUCCUUA